AUGUCUGCCGCCGUCGAGGCCACUCUGGAGGACUUCCCUUCGCUCUUCUCGCUCAAGGGCAAGGUCGCCGUCGUAACGGGCGGCUCUCGCGGCCUCGGCCUGCACGCAGCAUCAGCCUUCAUGCAGGCCGGCUGCUCCAAGGUCUUCAUCUCGUCCCGCAAGGCCGCCGCCUGCGAAGAGGCAUGCAAGGUGCUCAACGCGCUGCCCGGCCGCGCCGCCUCCGCCACGGCCAUCUCGGUGCCCGCCGACUCGGCCACCAUGGCCGGCGUCAACAGCCUGCUGGCCGAGGUCAGCAAGCACACCGACCACGUCGACAUCCUGUUUGCCAACGCGGGCGCGACCUGGGGCGAGGCCUUUGACACGCACCCGGACGAGGCGUUCGCCAAGGUCAUGGACCUCAACGUCAAGGCCGUCUUCAACACGGUCCGCGUCUUCACCCCGCUGCUGCAGAAGCAGGCCUCGCUCGACGACCCCAGCCGCGUGCUCAUCACCUCCAGCGUCGCCGGCUUGGGCGUCGGCACCCUCGGCGAGCAGGGCACCUACGGCUACUCGGCCAGCAAGGCCGCCGUGCUGCACCUGGGCCGCAACCUGGCGCUCGAGCUGGGCCCGCGCGGCAUCACCGUCAACUCCAUCUGCCCGGGCUUCUUCCCCAGCAAGAUGGCCAACGGCCUGCUGGCGCUGUCGGGCGGCGCCGACAAGAUUGCCCAGGCGAACCCCAUGCGCCGCCUGGGACGGCCGGAGGACAUUGCGGGCAUCGUGGUGUACUUGACGAGCCGGGCUGGGUCGCACGUAAACGGCGAGGCCAUUGCCAUUGACGGUGGUGCUUUGUGGUCUCGUGGAGAGCUGAUGGUUGAAGAGCAGGCAAAACUGUAA